AUGAUCCAGAUACUCACGGGACACGGCGUGUUCUGGGAGUACCUGAGGAAAAUCGGACGGGAGACGAUGGACAUCUGUCACCACUGCGGGGAAGACAGGGACACGGCGCAGCAUACGCUGGAGCCCUGCCCGGCAUGGGAGCUGCCCCGCUACACCCUGCGGCAAGUCAUAGGCGAGAGGCUGACCCCCUCAGCGAUCAUAGCAGAGAUGCUGAGCGGGCCACAGGAAUAUGAAGCUGUCCGCCUCUUCUGCAAGCGAGUUAUGCUUGCAAAGGAGCGAGCAGAAAGGGAGCUUCGGUUUCAAUCUCAAAAUCCAGGUUAUUGGCAGAAUUUGUAA